ACGAAUAUUGAUUUAAAUACUUUAAGGAAUAAUCUUUUUAAAAAAUCAUAACUCUACUAUUAUGCAUGCAUUGGUAGUAACUAUGCAUUGUCCAUUGAGGUCUCAACUAAAAUGGGACCAGAACAUGCUGCAAAAUUUCAUUGUCUAAUGCCUACUAAUGGCAGUGUAGGACAAAGUUGGUGGGCCUGUUUUGCACAGUCCGUAAAUAAUAAAUAUUUGUGAGAAUUCGCUUUGCAAUAAUGCUGGUCCCUCACCCAGCUUAUCUUGCAUUUUCCAAGUUUGCUUAAAAUUCUGAUGAUUUAAAUGCAAGAAUCUUCAUGUUCAUAUAUUCUACUUACUAUUCAAACUCACAUGACUACUUAAAUUUGUAUAACUAAAUCAACUAAAUGUAGACUUAGGAAGUACUUACUAUAUACAUUAUACUUGUCAACCAUUUUAUGACUAAUAUGAAAUUCUUAUGGGUAUUGAUUUAAAGUUAUUUGAAUUUUUCCACUUAUGACCCCCCACAGAAAACCCUGUGAACUCAUUUGAGGUCAUGGGGGUCAUGACCCAUGUCACAUAACCAUGGUAUAAUUAGAAAUGUAAAAUUGUAGUUAUAUGCAUGUUACAAAAGGGUGGGGAGGAGGGGGGAUUUAGAAAGUACUGAAAUUAUUGUAUAUUAUAUAAUGAAGCAUUAUCUUUGGGAACCCAAAGUAUGUAAAUGAAGGCUAGAAGUUGUUUGUUUCUGGCAGAUUUAUCUGUAAAAUUUUUAUCUAGUAUUUUAACUUAGACCUUCAACUCUGUCUUCAUAACACCCUAACAUAUCCCCAAAUAAUAGUUCUUCCUCAAACCUCCAUCCAAUAAAAAUUAAAUAAUCAGGGUAUAAAGAAUUUGAAGGAGUAAAAAUGUCUGUCACAACUCAUCCCCCUCCCCCAAAUUUCAUGUUUCACACCCCGCCCCCAUAUAAAUUAAUUUUUUUAUACUAGUAUAACAUGUAUGAAAUUAAAGAACCUGGUUUUCAAGCUGUUUUUCAAUAUUAAGCUUUUUUCUCUUGUUUUUCCAGUAUAGUCAACGAGGUUAUGGAGGUCCUCCAGCUGGUGGCUUUAGGGGUGGUCCAAAUCGUUACGGUGGUGGAGAUGGUGACCCUGAUCCCAACUCUGAGCAAUUCCGAAAACUUUUCAUUGGGGGCUUAAGCUUUGACACAGAUGAAAACAGCCUGAAACAAUAUUUCUCUAAAUGGGGUGAAAUAGUUGAUUGCAUUGUUAUGAGAGAUCCGAACAGCAAAAGGUAAUCAUUAUAUAUUCAAUAGUAACAAUUAUUUUUUUUAAAGUCAAAUUCUUGUGUUUUGGUUAUUUAGAUUUAGGAAAUAAGAUUCCAAUAAAUCCAUUAAAAUUGUGUAAUAGCAAAUGCUGGGAUAAUUUAUUGUGAUAUUUGAAAUUGAUUUUUUUCAAUUACAGAUCAAGAGGUUUUGGUUUUAUCACAUACAAAGACAAGGACAGUGUUGACAGUGUACAAAAAGAUAGACCCCACAAGAUUGAUGAUCGUGAAGUAGAAACAAAACGAGCUAUGCCCAGAGACGUAAGUCAAUAAUGUUCUAAUUUUUUUAUUCAAUACUAACAUUAAUCCAUAUUCCUGAACUAAUUUUGCCAAUGAUUUAAAUUUAUUUUAUAAACUGAUUCAAUUAUUACCCUUUUUGUACUAUUUUGUUUGCACAUUUUUGUCUUUUAAAGUUAGAGCCCUCAAAUUUGGAGGAGACAUUUACUAGACAAUGUUUAACAAAACAUGUGAAUUAUGAUUUAACGUCUAUUUUAUAAAAUAGGAUUUUAAGAGCAUAUGUCGUGGAUACUGACAAUUGUCAAUAAAUUUUACUUUACAAAAAAACAUACUUAUUAAACCAAGAAAGCUAUUGCUAUAAAAUUUUCAAUACAAACAAAAACGUAUAAUGUACAUUUAAAGGUGAGGCAUGGUUAAAAUAAGAAAAAUGUGGAUCAGAAAAAUGUAUGCAAUAUUAGAAAAAAAUAUUUCUUGCAAAGCUACCAUGUCCAAGACAUUUUUAUAUUUAAAUACAUAACUUUUAAACUAAUAAUGCUAAUAAAAUUUACAGUACAGUGACAAUCCAAAUGUUACAAAAUACUCAAAAAGAAAAUUUAAAACAUUUUAUAUAAAAUAUAAAAUAAAAAAAAAUCUGGCUCCGAAACUCAAGCAACACUUCUUUACCCACUGUUGAUCAAAAACGUCUUCCUCCAUCAUCAGUAUCAGAUCAAUUGGUUGAUAUCCUGCAGUUUAAAAUCAAAGGAAGUAAAUAAAAUUCCACGUAAAAAAAAGAAGCAGAAACAAUUUUAAUAUUUUAAAAUCUCCAAAUGCUUCAGACCUUCAGAGUUCUUGUAAAUACCGAUAGUAAUCAUCCUGGGGUCAAGUUAAAACUUUCAAAAGAGACCUAUCAUGAAAAUGUUAAUGUUUUGAAACAAAAGCAACAGUCAUAAGAUUUUACUUAAAUUUUACUAUUAGACUGUUUUGUUACCUAAGACUUGUAGUUGAUUAUUCUACAUACUGUAAUUGACAAAAUUAAUGGGACAGAAGAUCUAGAUCAUGGGCAAAUUUAAGAUAAAAUAAAUAUGCAAUCAUGUCUUUCAUAUGUUAGUGCACAUCACAAUAAAGACCUAAUUUAUCAUAUUGCUCAGUAUUUUAUUUGAUUAGGUUAUCAAAUUUAUUUAAUUUAUUGAUUUUUAAAUUGUUUUUAAAAAUGUGUAAUCGCUGAUUACAAUAGAAAAUAUCACUUCUACUAUAAGGCUAACCUCAGUUUGGUGAGGUUUAAUUAUAGUGAUUCACUUUCCUAAGUGUAUUAGCUGUAGUUUUAUUUCAUUUAUGUGAAUCAUUAAGUUAAAAACUAAAAUACUGAUGUUCCAACGCUUGCCCGAACUUCAGUUUCUAACUGUUCAUCUUUGUGUGGGGAAAUUGAAACAGUAUUUAUACCCUCUAAACGUGGAAUCCAACCCAGAAUUAAUUUUUAAGAGGGAAUUUCAUAUAUUUUUAGAAAAUGGCGCAGUCUGCUCAAGAGACAUACCAAAACAGUCUGCAGCCCCAGUAUUGAAGUACCUAAUCUAUGACAAAUAAAGCAGUUGUGAAUUUUAUUUUGCGGAAUCUAUAAUUCUCAAAAUUUUAUUUUUAUAAAAUUCAAUGUAUUUUAUAAAAGGGAGGAGGGGCCUAAAAGAUUUGGAAGAUCAUUCUUCAGAAAAAUAUAACAGAAUACAUCUAUGUAACCAUAUUAAUUAUUCAAAAAUAGAAUCAAGUUGUUUUUUUUCUUCAAAAUAUUGCUACAAACCAGUAAUUAACAUUAAAAGAUUCAGUAACUGCUUGCUGAAAUAUUUAUUUCCCAAUACCUGUUUUUUGCCAUCUAUUUGUAUUGAUCUAAUAUCUCCAUAUAUUCCUUUAAUAUAAAGAAUUUCAAAACGGGGAUAAAAUAAAGUUAAGCUUACUUGUUUACAAAAGCAUUAGGUUGUACACUUUAAUCCAAAGCAAAAUAAUUUUCAAGAUCCCCCAUAAAUUGCAAAAUUUAAAUCAUUUGACAUUAUUACUUCGUUUUUGUGACCUCUUUACUUUUGUAAAAGGUUUAUCGUGCAUAAUAAAUUUUUCAUAAACAGUAACUUCCAAUAUGGUAAGAUAUUUCUUUAAAGGCUAAUUCAAUCAAUGAAACAAAUCAUGAAAAUGUAAAUUGUUUUAACAAAAAUUAAUUUUUUACACAUAAACCACACACACACACCCCAUCCCCCCCAAUGGUACUAAUAUAUUAUUAUAUACCAUUGUCUAUAAUCGAACUGCAAAUUGUUAAGAAAAAUGUAACAUAAGCUGCUAAAUAAAUGGUGAAAAAAACCCAAAAUAAUUUUUGGCACCUUGGACUAACACAUGCUAUGCAUAGGACGAACUGUACUAACAAGCCUUUUUUUUUUUAAAACUGGGUGAAAUCUUCUGCUUUUUAAAAAUGAAAUCACGCCAUCACCCUAAGUCUUGUGGUGUGAUAUUUUAUUGCUUUUUUAACAAAUUUAGUUGCAACCAUAGGGAAUGAGUUUACUAACUCAUAUUGGUCAUAAUGGGUAAGGUUUUCUAAGCAACCAGUGUUUGAUGUUAUUAAGCUUUUACGAAGCCUUAACUAAUUUUGCCUUUACAGAUUUUUAAAAAAAAGGAUUUCCUUUAAUUAUUCCUUCAGGAUCCCAGCAUUAAUAAUCAACAGACAGUGAAGAAGAUGUUUGUUGGUGGUCUGAAAGAGGAUACAACAGAGGAGAUGAUCAAGGAUGUCUUCUCCGAAUAUGGUGAAAUUGAACUUGUUGAUCUUAUAACGGACAAGAACACUGGCAAAAGCAAAGGAUUCUGCUUUGUUACCUUUAAGGACUAUGACUCGGUUGACAAAUGUGUUUGUAAGUAAUUUAAUAUGAAUAUUUAAUAAUUUAAAAAAUUGUUUUCUUCAUUUACUAUGAACUUUUUUUUGUUUUAAAUACUUUUUGUUUGCAAAGACUUAAUAAUUAGUAAUUUAUUAUUAUAAUUGAUAUAUUUAUACAAAGAUGCAAUUCACUUCCAUUUACAGUAAAGAAACGGGUCAGCCUAAAUUCCAGGAAAGUAGAAGUAAAGAAAGCCUUUGCAAAAGGGGAAAUGGAUGCUCGGGGUCGUAUGCCUGGAAUGGGGAUGGGCAUGGGAAUGGGAAUGCCCAUGGGACGUGGAGGUAUGCAAUUUCUGUCUUUUAAACAAAUAUUUUAUGGGAUUUGUUGAAACUGCCUAACAUUGUUAAAGACCACAUGGGGAAAUGUUAUAGAUUAUCCUAGUUAUUUCUUUAUUCAAUUAUUAGUAAGCAGCUUUUCUUUUCCCUCCAGAUGAGAAAAUGGUUUAGGAUACAUUUAAAAAGGCUCUGGACUAGUUAAAAAAAAAAAUAAUUAUGGUUUGAAAUUGUGCUGAUAUUCGUAGAGGUUUUUAGUAAUGGCAGUUGGGCAAUGAAAUUUUGGUACUUAUGUGUAAUUAUGAAUCUGGCACAAGCUUUACCCUCAACUUAUCCUGGAGUCAUAAUUCACGAUUGUUGGUUUAAAAAAGCAACUUAUUUUAUAGACAAGAUUGACUUGUAUACAAGUUUAUACUGUAAAUGGCGCCCUGUACUCAAUGUCGUCUGUUGGAAUACAUUUUUCACAUUUAUUUUAAAGGUAAUUGGUCUUUUGCAGGACGAGGUGACUUUGGAUUUGGUGGUCAAGGUUAUGGCGGUAAGGGUAAAUAAAAAUUUUCAUCAUCUAUUUUGUUUUAUGAUCCUUCAGUUUUGCAAUGAAAACUGCAUUAGUGUUUGGGAAACAAUAAUUCAAGAAAUUUUUUUUUCAUACCUAAUUUAAAAAAGCAGUUUUCUUUUAGAUUCUAGUACUUCAAUUCUCAAAUUAACUCAUUACCGACUGUUGUGUGACAAAAAGCAUCACAGCUUGUAUUUUAAAAAAAUAACUAAGAAAUAUCGCAUCCUUUGGGAUUCCCUGUGAUUUUAUUUUAAAAACUUCAGUUUUUAUUUUGUUACAAUCUUUUGUGUCGGUCGUAGUAUGGUGUGUUUAUAUUUUCUAUCAUGUUUUCAUCCAAAGUGCGGGAAAUAAAGAAAAUGUUGGUCAUUGCUCAUUAUUUUUUUCUCCAUUUGCAUAUUUUAAUUCAUUUCUGGAUGCAUUGAUCCAAAAGUCAUUAAUAUUUAGCAGCUAAAUCACAUUUAACAAACGUUAUUCAAUGGCCUAAAGGGAGUUACUUCCCUUUGUUCAGGAAUGAGAUAGGAAGAUCAGAAUUAAUUUUAUAAAGUCAGUAGUUAGAUUUACCAGUUUCAAUUGAAGAAGAAAAAGAAAAAAAAAUUUAAAUCCUGUUAUUUUACUAUAUUUUUAACAUCUUGUUUCAGGUGGUUAUGGAGGUGGCUAUGGUCCUGGUUAUGGGGGUGGUUAUGGUCAGGGUGGCUGGCAAGGUGGAUACAAUGACUAUGGCAACUACGGUCCUGGGGUCAACCAAGGAAAUCCACGUAUGUAUUUUAUUUUUAAUAUGUCGCAAAAAUAGAUACUUUACAUGUGUGUGAAGUUAGCUUUGGUAGCAAUCAAUAGGACUUUAUUCAAUCUAAAAUAUGUCCUUUUUUUUUCUCCUAAUAAUCUUACACUUAUAACUUAUCAAAAGCUGAUACUAUUUAAACCUGUUGUACUUUUUCGUUAGUUAUUUUUCCAUUUAUCAUAUUUGUAUGCUACAAACAUAUGAAUAUAUAUACGAGACAUAAUGUUCAUCCAUGAUACUGUGUACGUGUAUACACAAAAUCUCUACAUAAUUUUUCCGAGAUGAGUAAUUUCAAAAGACUUACAUAAAAUUUUGUUGAGCUGUUACUUAUUAUUAAUAUUGCUAAAUAUGAGGUGAUUAGUGGCUUAAUUUUAUUGUCAUUACUUCUUUUUUUUUUUUUAAAUAAAACAUUUUGUUAGCUAUUGUGACAGAAUUAUUAAUUUGACUUGUGCAGGAUAUGGUGGUAACAACUACAAUGGUGGAAAUGGUUAUGGAGGACAUGGUGGAUUCAACAGACGAUGAUGAGCUUAACUUGGUUCAUCCUCAUUUUUCUCAGGUAAAUAUUAUUCAAUUUGUCAGGCUUUUAAAAAUAGUAAGCUAUAAGAAUUCCUCUCUAAAAAAUGAAAAAAUAAUUCAUCCUGGUUUACCAGUAUUACAAUGUUUGUGUGAUCUUUUUACUAUGUAGUUUUUACAACUUAGACACUAGAGAAAUUACAGGAUUGGUUUUAAAAAAAAUACAUUCAACUCUGUUAUCCAUUUUCUGGUUGAUCUAGUUUUUUUUCCCCCUUUCAGGCAGGUUCAAAGGCAUUUAUGCGAGAAAGGCAGGCAGGCGGGAAAGCUAGUGUGAGGUCUAGUUUCUAGUCUGGACUUUGUGCGACAGUUAAUUUGAAUGUUUUGCUACUACAAUUGAUGAUGAAUAUAUGAACUCGUGUGUGUGUGUGAGUAUAAUUGACUAGAACUCAAGGGGGACAUUGAGUCCCCCCACAACCCAAAGGCAGCAGCGCAGAACUAGACUAGCCACCCGUGGAAGGAGGCCCCAUCACAAAAUGUUUGAUGGAACAGUCGGUUGGCCAGGCGUUCCUCAUCCCUCUGAGACAACACGUAUUGAGUAGGCAGGCCCGCCCUUGAGUGGACUUCUUAACUCCCUGUGCACCAGUUGACAUGGCAUGCUCACUAUCAAGUUUACUGGCUUGACCAGCAGAGGAGUGGCUUGUUGAAAACUUUAAUUUCCAAGGUGUUGAGUCUCUGCAAGACGAUGAGCGCUUUAGGUCAAGAGGAAAGAAGUAUCAUUCAUUCAGAUCAUGUCUAGGGAUUUUUUGUUAUGGGGAAUAAGAUCUAGGCAGUAAUUUUAACAGGUCAAGGUGAUUUUGUUUGUUUUGUUUUUUAUUUAAAAAAAUACGAGGCCAUUACUGUGAGAUAUUUUUAACAAAACUGAAGUUGGGAUGCUGGCUAGGAAGCUCAUUGAUGGGCAUUCAUUUUAAAAUUAUGAAAUAAUCCAUUCUCAUUACUUUGCUUUUCUUAGGUUUUGUUUGACAUUCCGACAUGCAUCAUAUUCAUAUAUUUAUUUGGUCAUCAUAUAUUCCAUCAGCCAUACAAUUCAUCUCAAGGAUUAACUCUUCUUAAUGUUGGAAAGACCUGCACAAGUUUUUCUUGUAAGGUUAUUUUCAUCAUUUAUAAAUUACAUGAGCUUCCUAGCUUUAUGCAUCCCACCUUCUGAUCUGACUAGAUCAUUUCUCAAGCUUCUAACAGAAAGGUUGACCGGGUCUUAGGGUUACGCCAGUGUGGUCCAGACAGACUGAGAAGUUUGAAUUUCUGGUACCUUACCACACUUUAUUAUUUAUGCAUUUCUUGGGUGGGUCUAUCGAUCGCUUUUGCUUUUGCUAGUCCCACCUAAAAACAACUCAAAGAGGAUCUAGUUUAGCUUAUGGAGCCAUUGCCUCCCCUCCACCUCCAGCCUCUACUACCGGUCUGCCAAACUCCAUAGGGUGUGAAGGAAAUGGAAAAUGAACGGCAUGCAUUAAUUUUUAGCCCCUAUCUAAAGGGCAGAUUUUAAAAUAUAAAUUUUAUAUCAGACAAAAGAAUGUAAAUCUUUUUAUACAAUAAAAUAAAAUGUGCUGUGAAAUUUAUAUAAUCCACUUUGAAUAAUGAAAUAAAGUGUAAUAAAAAAUGUGCAAUGAUUAAGUCGUGAUUAUCAGCACAUUUGAUCUAUUUACAUUUUGAGUAACAUUGGGAAUUUGUACUGUUGCUUGCUUUCUAGUUUCCCUCACAGAUAGGGUUUAUAAUAGAUGUAUUGUUAGGCUGAAUUUGCUUGAGAGAAAAACGAUUACUGUAAUGUCACUAAAAGAUUCAGAUAGAAGUAGUUGUACUCAUCAGUUGUUGACAUUUUUUUUUUCAAUUUACAUAGUGUGUUAUAUUUUCUUUGUCAUGAGUUUUUAGUAGAGAUAUGUGUCACAAAUGUCUGUCCGCAGGGGCACAUGGAAAUAAAGGAGCGCAAUAUACUUCUGGCUCACUGGCGGAA